GACAGAGCUUACUCUGGAUCUGACCAGCAGAAAGUGUGUUUGGCGGCAGAUUCUACCAAAGCUUUACAACACAAAAGGCUUUCAUUAAAAGACCAUCCCAGAGCCUGUGGACCUCCUUCGGCUGUCUCGGGAGUGACCCACGCGGUGCCGUUACAAAACCACCGGCCGACUCAGCACAAGGACCGACCCAGAACUUAGUUCGGUUUGGCCCCGAGUCCGGAUCUUCGGCAGCCUGGGCGCUACCCCUUCAGAUGGGCCCUAUCCUCACUGUCCCUCUCACUCAGCAAACAAAACUUUCUGUGAAGAUCAGCAGGACACAAAAACCUCCACCAUGUCCACUGCAGACCAGUUGCUGGAGCAAAUGUACUCCUGGAUGAAGCAGAGGGAGGAGUGUGCAGAGAAGCUGAGGAAGCUUGCAAAGGAGCUCGAGUCAAUCAGGGAGAAAUCUAACGGUUUUCAAGCUAUUGGCUCCUCAUUAUCAGUGGUUGGAUCGGUAUGUCUUGUCGGAGCUGGCGUGGCCACUCUGUUUACCGGCGGCUUAGCUGCUCCAUUCUUAGGUGUAGUAGGAGGAGUGUAUACAGGUGUAGGUUUAAGCAUGUCUUUGAUUACCAUGUUUGUUGAGCACCUCUCGUCAAGUGAUACCAUGAAUCAGGCCAAGAGUAUAGAGGAGAAGUGCAAUGAAUUAACAAAGAAUAUUCAGAGACUGUAUGAUCAACUGAAGCAAGAAUUGCAGCAGGAGGCGACCUUUAAAGACGCUGAUGACCUGGAAUAUCGCAUCAUGAGUGAAAUCAUGGGAGCCAUGGCACGACGGAGUGGAUGGAGUGUUCCAACCCAAACCCUCUUCAUGUCCCAAGGACAAACCUACCUGUCUCACAGACGGCGCUCUAUCAUAACUGAUCCUAAUCAGAUGACUGGAAUUGCUGGUGUUUUAGCAUUUUUCAGCCUGACAGCUAAUGGGAAGGGAGCUCAAUUUCUGUUUGCCAAGGGAAGAGAACAACUGCUGAAAAAAGUCAUUAAAGCUGGGCUGAAAACAACCUUUAAAGGAGGUGCCAAGGUUGCAGGUGGAGUUAUUGGACUGGCAUUUUCACUUCCUGACGCAGUCGACCAUUGGAAAGACCUGGUCAAGGGCAAUAAAGAGACUGAAGCAAGCAAGUCUCUGAGAGAUACAGCUGACGACCUUGAAAAGAUCAGCCGCACACUAAAGAAGCAGCUGGAGAACAUCAUGCAGGAGUACAGACAAAUUUUGAAGGACUUUGAGACGCUGAAGCUCUGCAUUGAAAACAGCAGCAGGACCUCUAAGGAAAGGAGGGAGUUCAUCGAAAUUGCCAAGAAAUACUUUGGGACUGACUCUGCUGUCUAUAAAUGGGUUGAAGAAAAUGAAACUGAAUUUUUCAAACUAAUUGACCUAUUUAAAUUUAUGAAAGAAGAGAUAGAAAAGCAACAACCCAACAUAGACCAUAAGAUCAUCGACGUCAUCUUUGUGGCCCAUGGCUCAAUAGGAGACCCAGCAGUCAACCAGCCAUCUAGAGCCAGAGAUCUGCUCCCUCUGCCCUCAAUCCAAGACGUGAUCCUGUAUUCUCCCUGGAACAGUGCUAUUGAUUCAAACAUAGCAUAUGGCAUCACUACAGGACACCUACAACCCGAGGACAGGGACUUCUGCUGUGGUUGUCAGUGUGGUAAAGAUUGUGAUGGUGAUUGUGAAUGUGGCUGUGGCUGUUGCUGUAGAGAUCAUAAGAAACAUCAGCCCACCAGAUUGCCACCAGACUGGAACUCAAUGAGGGAUGCUGGAGACUCAUUGAUCCCGAACAUCACUGUGAGCCCUCUGGAGAAACCAGAAGAUCCCGCAUGGAACGAAGUUUUGAUUCUACAAGACAAGUACAGUAGACCAGGGAGAAACCGAGUGGUCGUUCCCUACAAUAUCCUUGAACCUGAAGGGCAAUCAAUGGAUGUCCCAUUCUCUGUUGUCACUCUUGCCCUGGCUCUGGUGCUCAGAGUCUUUGGUUACAAAGCAACCGUCCACCUCGCUGCUUGUCUGGGUAGAGAACCAGGAACACUUUCUAGGCAGGCCAGGCCCCUUAACAGGCAAUAUGCAUGGGCAAUUGACGGCACAGCAAUGACUUGCAAUGAAGACAUGGUUGAUGAAAGUGAAGAACUUUCUCAGCUGUUAGAAUUCUUGAGGAAAAUCUUUGAUAGAUAGAACAUUGUAGUGUAAAAACUACAGUGGCCCUGAGGGCUCAACAAACCAGAGGCGCGAAGGCAAAGACAAACUAGGUCUGGGCAAUAUGGCCCAUUAAUACAACAUUAUUAUUGAGACUUAGUUUGUCUAUAUUGCGCUACAUGAUAUAUUUAUACCACUAUGUUAUAAAAUCUCUAAAUUUCUGUGUACUUCUUUAAUUCAGCCCUUUGAUGCAUAAAAUGACAGCAUGAUUACAGUAGAGCAUUCUAUGGGAUUUUUUAAAAUUGUAUGCCAAAAGGGUCAAAUCAAUAUCAAGUUAAAUUUAGAGCACUUUUGUUGUGAAACAAGACAUUUCACAAGCUUUAACAAAUAAAGAAAGGGAAUGGCAAGACAGGCCUUCAGCUAAAAAAUACAAAAAAAUCAUAUAUUCUCAAAAGUCUUUUAUUGUAAAUGAAAAGUUAUGACAUGUUCUCUCUGUUAUAUUUACUAUUGUUGAUUAUCAAAACAUUUCUAGGGGUGUGAAUCUCUCCUUCUCAAGAUGGUUUGAUUCAAAUCUUUAUUCACAGGCUAUGACUCGAUCCACUAACAUUCAUAAAAAUACAGAACGUUUCAGUUUGUUUUAAUCUGAUCAUUGAUUUGAUUGAUUUGAUCUGGUACAAACUGAUUAUAUAAUCCAAGUAACUUUUUGCUUUAACAAAAAUAAGGUAAUAAUAGUUUUUGAGUUUAUAUAUAAAAGCUAAAGCUUAGCUAAACUUUAGCUCUGCGCUAACAACAGGUGAGAUUUGCAUGCUGCUGUUUUUCUUAGUCACUUUUCCCCAAAGUGUGCAGAGAGGCAGACAUUUCUAAAGUUGUCCUUCCUUCAUAUUAAGUCCACAUGACUUAAUUUCUGAGGUGGAGAACUGUUACUGAAAGACGUCUUAGCAAUGAUCGGUAAAACACAUCUAGCUACCUGUGGCUACUGUAACUCUCGUUAAAGGUAAAAAGUCACCACAGGUCACGCAACAUUACAGACACCUGGACAGAGCAUGGUGAAACAAGCAAUGAUAACACACAGCAGAGCCUCAGUGAAUCCAUCUUGAAUGUUAAAACUAGUCCAAAGAGCGACUGCAGUUGCAGAGAAAAAAAAUAGGAUGUGGUGCGGCACCCUAUCAUCCCUACUUCCCGCGUCGAUGGGUCAAUUUGAUUGCAAACAAACCGUGCCCGGGCACCGGCCCUACUUGUAGACCUGGUUUUGGACACAAAUCUAGUGGACUCCGGCGUGGUUCGAUUGAAAUCAGUGUUGCCAGAUACAGUGGAUAGUUUCCAGCCUUAAACCUGUUCAUAAACCACCAGAAUGUACAAAAAACGCCCAAUAAUAAUAAUUAAAGUUCAAAUUGUUUACAGUUUACAGGCACUCCUUCAGGACGGGUGCAGCUCGCUGGCAGCUAUGUCAGGAUUUUUGUUGCUCUGAUAGGCCAGUUAAAGAUGUGACAGACAGAACGUUCAUCCAAUCACCCUCCGAGUUUUUUUCAAAGGCUCUACCCUUUCCCAGACGCCAUCUAUGAGUGGUUUCCAGAUCUGGCAUGCCAGGCUAGGAACAAUAGACUUUGGUCAUCAUGAAGCUUUCUUCCCAAAUAUGAACCAGAUACCACGAUGCUUUCAGGAAGUAUUAAAACUCAUGGAACAAAUGGGUCACUUCAAAAAAGACUUUUCUGACCUCUCUCAGGCCAGAGAAGAACAAACAUCUCUCAGUAACACUUUUAUUUUCUUUUAUCAGCUCGUGUGAGUGCAAUACACUACUCUGCAUAUAUAAAUAUAACUAUAUGAGUGUGUCAUUUUAUACAUGAAUUCUGCUAACCUGUAGGAUCCAUUUAAGUUUAAUAGGUUUAGUAUGACCAGCUCUUUGAAGAGUCCUGUCUCUGAGCUCUGCAGGCCGCUCCUUUGACCUCAUGGCUUGGUUUUUGUUUUUGUCAGAUGUGAGGCCUUCUAUAGAGGUGUGAGCCUCUAAAUCAUGUCUGAUCAGUUUAAUUUAACACAGGCAGACUCCAAUCAAUGAGUAGAAACAUCUCAGCAAAGAUCCAGAAAAAUUGUCUUAAUUCUUAUGUGAUAUUUCUUUUUUUUUUGUUUGUUUGUUUUUUAAAUUGAUCUGAAAAAUUCUGUUUUUACUUUGUCAUGAUGGAGUACUGAGUUAGAAUUAAUGAGAAUAAUUGUGUGUGUGUGGCAUCAGGCUGCAAGAUAAAAUUUAUAAAG